AUGGACGUGUUUCUUACACGGCAUGGCGCCCGCAUUGACAAGGAAGACAGGAAUUGGCUGGCGCGAGCUGGCCACAGAAGAUCAGACGAUCCACACCUUUCGCCUGCCGGGGAAGUGGGAGCUUCUGAGCUGGCGGCAAAGCUCCAAAGUGUUCAUGCUUCUACGCCGAUUUCGCACAUCAUCUCUUCGCCUUUCGUGCGCUGCAUUCAAACUGCGGUGCCCGUGGCGGAAGCUUUGGGUCUGCCGAUCAAGGUGGAGCCAGGCAUCUGUGAGAUCCUCUCUGUCUUUCCCCCCGGCUUUCUGGAGACGGAGGAGCUGAAACAGCAGUUCUCGUCCGUGGAUGCGGACUAUGUGCCAGUGGUGGCACGGUCCCAACUGCGGGCGGAGUUUUCUGACUCCCAAGCGGCUUCGCGAGCAGCGCGUGCCGCUGCGACACUGCGAGAGCGGCUCACAGGACGGAUCCUCUUCGUCGGCCAUGGUGCCUCCUGCCUGGGCGUUGCGGAGGCUUUUGGCCAGCAUGACUACGUAGGCUACACAAGCUUAACGCACUUCGUCCGAGAGGGCUCGGCUUGGAAGGUGCAAGGUCGUUUCAACGAUGUGGCACACCUCUCGGACAAGGAGGCCUCCCUGGCUAGCGCCUUCUGA